AUGGCUGCCAUCGUGUGCGCCAUCUUAGAUCCUAAUCCUGCAAAAGACUGUGGUGCUGAUUGUGCCAAAUUCCAGAAGAGUGAAUUAGAGUACAAAUUUAACAAGCGAGCCUUGGAGCGCCCUUACACUUCGAAACACUCCUGGGGUAAAACAUAUGGUGAACACAAGCGCCAUCUAGAGUUCAGCCAUGACCAGUACAGGGAACUGCAGAAAUAUGCUGAGGAGGUGGGGAUCUUCUUCACUGCCUCAGGAAUGGAUGAGAUGGCGGUGGACUUUCUCCAUGAGCUCAAUGUACCUUUUUUCAAAGUUGGCUCUGGAGACACCAACAACUUCCCCUAUCUGGAGAAGACUGCCAAGAAAGGGCGUCCCAUGGUGGUGUCUAGUGGGAUGCAGUCCAUGGAGACGAUGCGUCGGGUCUACAAGACAGUGAAGGAACAUAACCAGAACUUUGCCAUCCUGCAGUGCACCAGUGCCUAUCCUCUGGAACCUGAAGACGUCAACCUCAGAGUAAUCACGCUCAGGACUCUAGAGGUUAAUGUUCAACUUAAACAAAGCAGUAUCAUUUUUUGCAUAUUUUUCCUAUACUCACCUUCACAGGACUGUGGUGCUGAUUGUGCCAAAUUCCAGAAGAGUGAAUUAGAGUACAAAUUUAACAAGCGAGCCUUGGAGCGCCCUUACACUUCGAAACACUCCUGGGGUAAAACAUAUGGUGAACACAAGCACCAUCUAGAGUUCAGCCAUGACCAGUACAGGGAACUGCAGAAAUAUGCUGAGGAGGUGGGGAUCUUCUUCACUGCCUCAGGAAUGGAUGAGAUGGCGGUGGACUUUCUCCAUGAGCUCAAUGUACCUUUUUUCAAAGUUGGCUCUGGAGACACCAACAACUUCCCCUAUCUGGAGAAGACUGCCAAGAAAGGGCGUCCCAUGGUGGUGUCUAGUGGGAUGCAGUCCAUGGAGACGAUGCGUCGGGUCUACAAGACAGUGAAGGAACAUAACCAGAACUUUGCCAUCCUGCAGUGCACCAGUGCCUAUCCUCUGGAACCUGAAGACGUCAACCUCAGAGUAAUCACGGAAUACCAGAAGGAAUUCCCAGAUAUUCCCAUUGGCUAUUCUGGCCACGAGUCUGGGAUCAGCAUUUCAGUGGCGGCCGUAGCUCUCGGGGCAAAGGUCAUUGAGCGUCAUGUAACUUUGGAUAAAACGUGGAAAGGAAGUGACCACGCAGCAUCUCUGGUGCCCUCUGAGCUCAGCGAGCUGGUUCGCUCCAUUCGACUGGUGGAGCGGGCGCUGGGGAGCAGCAUCAAGCAGAUGUUACCUUGUGAAAAGCCAUGCCAUGAUAAGUUGGGAAAGUCAGUGGUGGCCAAGGUAAACAUCCCCAAAGGGACCACCCUGACUCUGGAUAUGUUGACAGUGAAGGUGGCUGAGCCCAUGGGCAUUGUGGCCCAAGACCUCUCCAAGCUGGUUGGUAAGAAAGUGUUGGAGGAUGUGGAAGAGGACGAGGGACUCAUGCCAGAGGUAGUGGACAGCUAUGGCAAGAAGGCCAAGUGCUGAGGAUGGAAGAGAGGUUUGAAAUCUGUGUAUAAAGGCACUUUAUUUCAGAGGAAAUGAUUGAUAUCUCUGGAACUAAUUUGGAGAAGCUCAAGAUGGUUCCUGCAGGAGAGUCGG